GUGUCAUUGGUAUCUUAAAGCCCAUCUACAGACACGAAAGCCUAAAUUGUUAGCAUGGCCCUCAAAACUAUUGUUAGCAGGCUUUGCCUGUUCUCGCUUUUGUGCUCUACAACACUUGCAGCUCCAGUUCCUGAGCCCAUCAGCGAAAACGACGUCGGUUUCAACGAAACAGUACUCGUGAAGCGUGUUGGUGAAAAUGAAAAUGAUCCAAUUCAAGCGACUUUUAACAUUGCAGGCUGGCCAAACAUAGCCGAAGAAAAUUGUUAUGCGAUGCUCUGCUUGCUCGGCACUAAUCGGAUCUACCAAAGAAACCCAACGGCCAAUGGAAGGGGGACGAAUUACCAGCUUUCGGGCGCAGGCACCGUACCAUUCCAGGCCCAAAACCUGGUAGAUCGUCACACCUCCCAAAUAAACUCCAAUACUGUCAGCGCAGAGGAAUUUCCUUGGGCGAGUACACAGCAAGGAGGUGAACAUGCUUACGUAUUCCCAGCAACAAGAACUGAACAAUCAAGUCAAGGGGCUUCCAUAAGGAACGGUUAUAGAGCUAGCAAUGUUCCCUUGGAACAUUGGUUCGAGAUAACGUUCACAGGCGCUCCCUUUGGCAGAUACUGCGCUGCUUUAUUUUCAAAUCCCCCAGACACAUCAGUUUGCACUAGUAAUCCCGCGGAGACCUUAUUUGGUACAACAGGUGUAACCCUUGCCGAUUUCGCGUAUCAGGUUGUGAGAACCACAACACCUUUUUACUUCAUUCAUGCAGCUGGUUCAAAAAAGGGCCAAAAGCGAUCCGAGUACGUCAAAGUACUCGCCCAGGAGGCCGAUGAGAAGAUUAAUUAGUUUUUGACAUUGUAUUUGAAGAUCUGGCCGUGGCGGAGUUGCGUGUGACUAAGAACGGGUUCGAUAUAGAAGGUGUUUGGAAAAUGUUAUGAGAUAGGGCGUUUUGCAAACUGAAACUGGAAAAUAAAUAAAAAACCAAAAAAAU